AUGGCCCAGCGGGGCGGGGGGCCGCGGCCGCGGGCGCCGGCGGAGCGGGCGGCGGAGCUACGGAACCAGAUCGUGGACCGGUGCGAGCGGCUCCAGCUGCAGAGCGCUGCCAUCACCCGGCACGUGGACGAGGUGCUGCCUGCCAAGGACCAGGGCGUCCUGAACGCAGCCAACGCGGCGCGGGAGCUGGUAAUCCAGAGGCUGAUGUUCGUGGGGAACGCGUGUGAAAAUGAAGAACAGCGGUUGCUGGAGAAGGUGCAUGCGGAGGAAGAGCGGGCACACCAGAGCAUCCUGACCCAGCGGGUGCAUUGGACUGAGGCUUUGCAGAAGCUGGCUGCCCUCCGAACCUACCUGGUGGACAUGAUCACCAACCUGGAUGACCAGGGCUUGGUGCAUGCAGAACAAGACAUCUUCGAGAGGACAGAGGUGGCAGAGGGAAUCUUAGAGCCACAGGAGUCCCCAAAGUUAAACUUUAAUCAGACCUGUGUUCAGAGUCCACUGCUGCAUCGACUAUGGGCCUCUGCUGUUCUCUGCUGCAUCGCAGGCUCACAGGAGAUUCACAUCGAUGAGAAAACUGUCAGCCCCCACCUCAGCCUUUUGGAAGACAAGAAAACCCUGACCUUCAGCCCCAAGAAAGCAAAGGUGGACUCGGACUGCCCCGAGCGGUUUGACCACUGGCCCAAUGCUUUGGCUACUGCGGCUUUCCACUCGGGAGUCUGCGCGUGGAAGAUCAGUGUGGAGAAGAGCUGCGCCUACAAGCUGGGGGUUUGCUACAGCUCCCUGCCGCGGAAGGGGUCCGGCAACGAAGCCCGCCUGGGCUUCAACGCUGCCUCCUGGGUCUUCUCGCGCUACGACAAGGAGUUCAGGUUCCUGCACGCCGGGCAUCCGCAGGCGGUGGAGCUGAUCAAGUCUCCGGCCGAGAUCGGGGUGCUGGUUGACUUUGCGGGAGGGGAGGUGCUCUUUUAUGACCCCGAUUCCUGCGCCAUCCUCUUCUCCCACAGGGAGGCCUUCGCGGAGCCCCUCUAUCCCGUCUUUGCUGUGGCACACCAGAGCAUCUCGCUUGUCCAGUGAGCCAAGCAUUGCGCUCGCUGCGGGGGUGAACAUACAAUUGUAUAGACAGUGACUGUAUAUACGCUAUACGGUACCUUUAUGAGGGAAAGGAGCCCAGACAGGGCUACUGGCUUGUGUAUGGUGGUGCUCAGACAAGACCUGCCUUCAGACUACAUCUGUUCUUCACGUGUUUUACGGCAGCUUUCCUCUCCUCCUGGAGGUGACACCCACCCUGUGUUUGCCAUGGCGGGGCAAGGGGUCAGGGUAAUGUCUGGCUCUGCCGGCCGCUUUUAGGUGAAUCAUUUAAUUCCUCUCUGACCAAGGGGCAGCUUUCCAGCCUGACGGUGGGCUUUAGAAAAGACGAGAAAUGUGUUCAGAGAAAUGGCAGGGAAGAGGCACGUGGCAAGGGACAUCAUUGGGACACAGCUGGAGACACAGUUUUGGGAGGAGCUGCCCUAUGCCAGAGCAGGGACAGUGUGGGGGGCU